AACUUGUUUGCUUUUAAUCAGUUCAGUCCGUGCGGCAAAGUGAAACGAAAUGGGUCACAUGGAGUUGAAUUUUCACGAUAUUCCCAAGCUACAUGGCCGUGAGAACUAUUGGCAGUGGCGCAUCCUUCUGAAGAACUAUCUGGAGUCCAACGAUCUGUGGAGGCACAACGAACCCAAAGAGAGCCCCCAAACCAAAUUCCUGAUUUUGGCCAGCAUUACGGCCGAUAAGGUUGAGCCAGCCUAUGAUGACCAAAGCUGUUCGUACAUAUUCCAGAACAUGGAGAGUCGAUUCGGGCCCUAUAGUUAGAAUUUGAGUAUUAUAUUUUAGGUGUCAAAUAGAACCUUUCAAAUAAAUGAUUACUCUUGUGCCCUUUCUA